GUUUGUACUUGCUGACGUCCGGUACAGAAUUAACGUUGCACCUCGGAGCUUCCACUGAAACAAGCGAACUCAUUCAGGCUUUCUGUUUGAAGGCUGAUCGUUUAAAGAUAAAAGAUGUUUUUGACCAGAUCGGAAUAUGACAGAGGUGUAAACACAUUCUCACCAGAAGGAAGAUUGUUUCAGGUUGAAUAUGCCAUAGAGGCAAUAAAACUUGGCUCCACCGCCAUCGGUAUUCAGACAUCAGAGGGAGUGUGUCUGGCUGUGGAGAAGAGGAUCACCUCUCCACUCAUGGAGCCCAACAGCAUUGAGAAGAUCGUGGAGAUUGACAGUCACAUUGGUUGUGCCAUGAGUGGUCUAAUAGCUGAUGCUAAGACUCUGAUUGACAAAGCAAGAGUGGAAACACAGAACCACUGGUUCACCUACAAUGAGACGAUGACGGUGGAAAGCGUGACUCAGGCUGUGUCCAACCUGGCGCUGCAGUUCGGAGAGGAGGACGCCGACCCUGGGGCCAUGAGCCGACCCUUUGGUGUUGCAUUAUUGUUCGGGGGAGUGGAUGAAAAAGGACCCCAGCUGUACCACAUGGACCCUUCAGGAACCUUUGUGCAGUGUGACGCCCGGGCUAUCGGUUCUGCAUCAGAGGGAGCACAAAGCUCUCUGCAAGAGGUUUACCACAAGUCCAUGACAUUAAAAGACGCCAUCAAGUCCUCUCUGACCAUCCUGAAGCAGGUGAUGGAGGAGAAGCUCAACGCCACCAAUAUUGAGCUGGCGACAGUAGAGCCCGGUAAGACCUUCCACAUGUACACCAAAGAGGAGCUGGAGGAAGUAAUCAAGGACAUCUAGAGUAGAGAACUCUUGGUGGGAGUUCUGGGCU